UUAUUAGGCUGAAAAGUAAAAACAAAAACCCGUCUAGGCCCAUAUCCCAUUUUGAUGGAAAUUUCAAAUUUAUCUCCUUCGAAUGUACUAAUCUUUCUUUGAUCCCAAACACAGAAAACCCAUUAGGCUGUUAGGCUCAAACUAGACACCUUUUUCUAUAAAACUUACACAGACCCAUUUACCCUUUUGAGCUGACACUUAAAAAAGAACCCCUUUUUGGUCAUUACAGAAAAAGGAAAGAUUCUACCUUUUGUUAAUUUCAAAUGCAAUUUGAUAUCAAAAAUGGAUCCGAAUGGCUUGUUUUUGACUGAUUACAAAGAAACCACCGCCCCACCUCAUUGGAUCUUGUAAACUACAGUUUAUUAGAUUCAGGUGCUUCUUCUCUUUUUUAUGGUGUUUUGGGUGAAUUUGGCUCUGGAAAAUGAAUGGGGUUGGAGAAGACCAAAUUGUGUUCGAGAUUGCUGUGGUGGUUCCAAAAAGGAACCUAAAGGAAGAAAAUGAGGGUUAUGAUUGUGUUGAGGUUCUUGUAAAUGAGUUCAGGAAUGUGGGCUUCGUUGUUGAGAGAGUUAUUGGCCUUUCAGAUGAGUUUAUCAAGCUGGCGGCACCUUUAGAAACUUUGGGAAGGGCUGCAGCGAAGUUGCAGAUGAAGAAGCCCACUCGUAUUGGGAUUGAUUUACAAUUUGAGUGGGAAGAGGUCGAAGCUUUUGUGCGGCAGCCUGAUGGCUCAUUGUUUAGUUGGUGUGAGCGUUUCCAGUGCUACCAUCACUUGAUAUAUGAAACUGUUAAUAAGAAGAAUUCAUGCAUAACUUUAAAAUUUGAUGGCAAAGAGAUCCAAUGGGAAUUGGGGGAAUCAUUAUUGCGGAGAUUGGAAUUGGAAGGAAUUGUUAGACAAGUUUUCCCUUUACAUGAUGAAACAAAGAGGAAGAAGCUACUCAGGAAUUGGGCAUUAAAUUGUUGGGACUUCACGAAUCAACCAAUUGAUGAUAUUUAUGCAUAUUUUGGGACAAAGAUUGCAGUCUAUUUUGCUUUCCUUGGAAUGUAUACACGCUGGAUGAUUUUUCCAGCUGCAUUUGGGCUUAUCUUACAGUUGGUUGAUUUUGGAUCAUUGCAAUUAUUAGUGCUUCCCGCUUUCUUCAUAAGCAUAGUAUUGUGGGCUGUGUUGUUUUUCCAGUUCUGGAAACGUAAAAACUCUGCACUUUCAGCCAGGUGGCAUCUUAAUUUUUCUGUCAGCACAAGCCAAGGAUAUAAACUAUUGGGGAGGGAGUGGGGCUCCCUACAGUCUCCAAUGGAACUUACGAAAAAUUUGGGAACUGAUAAAACAAAAGAGAAAGAAGCAUUUCAAAAAUAUGAAUGGUUUAGUUAUCUCAAGCGAUUCAGAAAUGAUGCUAUCAUUAUUUUGAGUAUUAUCUGCCUCCAAUUACCAUUUGAGUUGGCUUAUGCUCAUCUCUAUGAGGUCAUCAAGUCUGGUAUUGUGAAGUUUGGGUUAACUGCAGUUUAUCUUCUUGUAAUUCAGUACUUCACAAAGAUUGGGGGGAAGAUAUCAAUCAGGCUCAUUAAGUAUGAAAACAAUGAAAAUACUGAAUAUAAGGCUGACAGCUUGGUCUACAAAGUGUUUGGUCUUUAUUUUAUGCAAUCAUAUAUUGGGGUUUUCUAUCAUGCCCUUUUACAUCGCAACUUUAUGACCCUUCGCCAAGUGUUGAUCCAGCGUCUUAUACUUUCUGAGGUGUUGGAAAAUCUGUUGGAAAAUUCUUUGCCAUAUCUGAAGUACAGCUAUAAAAAAUAUAGAGCUGUUAGAAACAAGAAAAAACGUGAGAAAGGUUCGACUGGGAAGAUCCAAUUCACUUCCAGGGUGGAGAAAGAGUACCUUAAACCCACAUAUUCAGCAAGCAUUUGUGAGGAGCUGGAAGAUGGGCUGUUUGAUGAUUUUCUGGAGUUAGCACUGCAGUUUGGAAUGAUCAUGAUGUUUGCCUGUGCGUUUCCCCUUGCAUUUGCCUUCUCUGCCUUGGUAUAUAAUGCUUUUAGUGAAAUUAGAACAGACGCCCUGAAGCUGCUUGCCAUGUUGAAAAGGCCUGGUCCACGGGCUGCUGCUACAAUUGGAGCUUGGCUAAACAUUUUUCAGUUCCUGAUAUUGAUGUCGAUUUGCACCAAUUCUGCACUUUUAGUAUGGUUAUACGAUCAGGAAGGGAAAUGGAAAAUAGAACCUGGCCUUGCAGCAAUUCUUGUCAUGGAACAUGUUCUGCUGUUGAUUAAAUUUGGGUUCUCCCGCUUUGUUCCUGAGGAACCUGCUUGGGUGAGAGCCAACAGGAUGAAGAAUGCAACACAAGCACAGGACAUGUGCUCUAAACAGCUUUUGAGGAGCAUUUCUGGGGGAGAAAAGGCAUUUAGUGGAUCAAUUCCAAGAAAGACACCUGAUGGAUUAAAAAAAACAGUAAUGCAGAGAGCUACCGACUGAUGUCCAAGCUUUUCACCAAACUCAUUGUCUAAGAACAGUGAAACAAGAUCAACAAGCUGGUACUUCGAUUAAUCGUCAAAGCUAUAGCUCAGUUACAAAUUUUGCAAACCAUUGAAAUAUAUUUUGUUUUUCUUUUCCUCUUUCUUUCUUCUGUUGUAAAUUUUCAAUACUUUUCCAGGGAUUGUUUACAACUGAAUGUUUAAUUUUCAAUAUUAUACUGGUUGGUGUAAAAAAUUUGGUAAUCAGAGAAGUCUAAAAUCGUUUUUCUUUUCUGUCA